CCAGGAAGCGGGCCGCAGAGCGCCCGCCCCUCGCGAAAUUAGGAAUCUAGACAUGCACCCUUCCCGAAAAACAAACUCUGUCUGGUGCCAGGCCCCAGGCGGCGCUGAGGUGGGGAACGGGGGUAAAGGAGUCGGCCCUGGCUAAAUGCCCCCCUCUGCUCGACACACACCUUCGCCUUCGAUCCCGCAACGUCCUGGGGGGAGAGGAAAGUGACAAACUACCAGACCAGGGCCUGGCCACCCCUCCCACAGAAUGCCUGAGGGCCCUGAGCUGCAUCUGGCCAGCCACUUUGUGAAUGAGGCCUGCGGGGGGCUGGUGUUUGGUGGGUGUGUGGAGAAGUCACCUGUCAGCCGCAACCCUGAGGUGCCCUUUGAGAGCAGUGCCUACCGCAUCUCAGCCUCGGCCCGUGGCAAGGAGCUGCGCCUGACACUGAGCCCCCUGCCUGGUGCCCGGCCCCCACGGGAGCCACUGGCCCUCGUCUUCCGCUUUGGCAUGUCCGGCUCCUUCCAGCUGGCGCCCAGUGAUGCACUGCCACCGCAUGCCCAUCUGCGCUUUUACACAGCUCCACCUGGUCCCCGACUCGCCCUCUGCUUCGUCGACAUCCGCCGCUUCGGCCACUGGGACCUCGGGGGCGAGUGGCAGCCAGGCCGCGGGCCGUGUGUCUUGCUGGAGUACGAGCAGUUCAGGGAGAAUGUGUUACGAAACCUAGCGAACAAGGCCUUUGACCGGCCCAUCUGCGAGGCCCUCUUAGACCAGAGGUUCUUCAAUGGCAUUGGCAACUAUCUGCGGGCAGAGAUUCUGUACCGGCUGAGGAUACCGCCCUUCGAGAAGGCCCGCACGGUUCUGGAAGCACUGCAGCAGUGCAGGCCGAGCCCGGAGCUGACCCUGAGCCAGAAGAUCAGGGCCAAGCUGCAGAACCCGGACCUGCUGGAGCUGUGCCACUCGGUGCCCAAGGAAGUGGUCCAGCUGGGGGGCAAAGGCUACGGGCCGGAGAGCGGGGAGGACUUUGCUGCCUUUCGAGCCUGGCUGCGGUGCUAUGGCAUGCCGGGCAUGAGCUCCCUCCAGGACCGGCAUGGCCGUACCAUCUGGUUCCAGGGGGAUCCUGGACCUCUGGCACCCAAAGGGGGCAAGUCCCGCAAGAAGAAAUCCAAGGGAGCGCAGCAGGGUCCUGAGGACAGAACGGCGGACCCUCCACCCCCAAGCAAGGCCCCUUCCAGGACACGAAGGGCACGGAGAGGCCUUCCUGAGCAAUCUAAAGCCCAGCAGCCCAAGGAGACUAGCCUCCAACAGGACCCAGAAGCCCCCCCAGUCUCUGAGAAAGGGAAGAGGAAAGGGCGACCGGCAACCUCAGGCCGCCGCAGACGCCAGAAGACCAAGGCUGACACCCCAUCCUUGGAGCCUGAAAGGACCUCAGCCUCUUAGCAGGAGGGUCUCUUUGCUUGCAUCCACCCUUCCUGCUUCCUUGCCCUGGAUCUGGGGGCCUGUGUGCCUUCCUAGAAGCAGGCAGUGGUUGAAGGGGGCUGGAUGACCCUGGCCUUGUGGCUGUUCCCUGCACAACUAUGAUGUUUUUAAUAGUACCCCACCUUCCCCAUUUUUUAAGCUGAUGUGAAAAAUGCUGUAUUUUUUAUAAACUGAUAAACUUGAACUUCUUGGCA